AUGAAGCAGGGCGAUCCUCUUGCUCCGUUCUUGUUCGCAAUUGUUGCAGAGGGGCUUUCGAGUUUGGUGAAAUCAGCGGCUGCCGGUAACUUGUUAUCUCAAUUCAAAAUUGAUGAUCAAACCACUGUGAGCAUGCUUCAAUUCACUGAUGAUACUCUGCUUAUAGGAGACGGCUCGACGUCUAAUAUUUGGGCUUUCAAGGCUAUUCUGCGUGCUUUCGAAUUAACUCCAGGUCUUAAAAUUAAUUACUCCAAAAGCUGCUUGUACGGGAUUCGUGUAGACCCUGAUUUUCUUGUGGCUGCUGAAGAUUUUCUUCACUGCAAAUCCAGAAGGUUGCCAAUUAUCUUCCUUGGUAUCAUUGUUGGCAGAAACCAUCGUCGCUACUCUUUUUGGAAUCUGGUUCUGAAUUGCUUGAGGAAUAAAUUGUCCAAUUGGAAUGGGAGAAAUAUGUCUAUGGGGGGUAGAGUAACCCUCAUAAAUUCGGUUAUAGCUAAUCUCCCUAUCCACUAUUUGGUUUUCUUCAAGGCUCCCCAUAGAGUUGUGAAGGAUAUUAUUGCGAUCCAAUAUCGGUUCCUAUGGGCUGGAAAAUAA